GGAACCCCAGGUUUACCUGGUCCACCUGGUCCAGUAGGACCUCCAGGAGAAAGGGGUUUCACAGGAAAAGAUGGUCCCACAGGUCCCAGAGGCCCACCAGGACCAGCGGGUGCCCCAGGAGUUCCAGGAGUUGCCGGCCCGAGUGGAAAACCGGGGAAGCCAGGAGAUCGUGGGACACCAGGUGCACCUGGAAUGAAAGGAGAGAAAGGUGACAGGGGUGACAUUGCUUCUCAGAACAUGAUGCGAGCAGUUGCAAGACAAGUUUGUGAACAACUGAUAAAUGGCCAAAUGAGCCGGUUCAAUCAAAUGCUGAAUCAAAUCCCGAAUGAUUAUUAUUCAAACCGUAACCAGCCAGGGCCACCAGGACCACCUGGUCCCCCAGGAGCUGCUGGGUCAAGAGGAGAGCCUGGACCUGGAGGAAGACCAGGAUUCCCAGGACCUCCUGGGGUCCAAGGACCACCUGGUGAAAGAGGAAUGCCUGGAGAGAAAGGUGAAAGAGGGACUGGAUCUCAAGGACCGCGAGGUUUGCCGGGACCACCUGGUCCCCAAGGAGAAUCUAGAACUGGUCCACCAGGCUCCACAGGAUCACGAGGACCGCCAGGGCCACCAGGUCGUCCUGGAAAUGCGGGUAUUCGAGGUCCCCCAGGGCCACCAGGAUAUUGUGAUUCAUCCCAGUGUGCUAGCAUCCCUUACAAUGGCCAAGGAUUCCCAGAACCAUACGUGCCUGAAAGUGGACCCUAUCAACCUGAAGGUGAACCCUUUAUAGUACCUAUGGAGUCAGAAAGGAGAGAGGACGAGUAUGAGGACUAUGGAGUUGAAAUGCAUUCACCAGAAUAUCCUGAGCACAUGCGCUGGAAAAGAUCGCUGUCAAGAAAAGCACAAACAAACCCAUAAAAGAUCUGUGUCUUGUUUUGGUUUUUUUGGUUGGUGAUUUUUGUUUUUGCUAUACUUGCAUUUGCAGAUACACACAGGGAGAGUGCAUAAUUUCUUUUGCAAUAUAGCUUUCUGGUCUUAUCAGACGCACCUCUGUUUUGUAUCUUGCUUAUGCGGGGAUAGCAAUGUGCAUACCUAGAGACUUCAUAUUGCUCUGGAAACGCUUGUAAAAUACUUUUGCUUAUAGUGGCUGCAUACAGUUUAAUAUGUGCAUCCAGUUAUCCCAGUGCUGCCUUUUCAUUAAAACAGUGUAAAAACAAAUAAAUAAAAAAAAAG